UCUUCACGGGAUGGCUCAAAUCAAAUGCGGAAGUUGACACCCAGGAAAAGCCGCCGCCGCCGCCAAGAUGAGUGUUGACAUGCCAGUUGCGCCGCAGCGAGGAGAGGUGGCGGCGCGUCGGUGACAGCGAGGCGGAGAAACCGCGACGAAGCCCCGGGGUCCAACGCCGCAGAACUUCGGACCCGCUCAUGGCUUCUCUCAACAGCGCCGAGCGACGGGCGUUCGCUCUCAAAAUCAACAGGCACUCUUCUGCAGAGAUCAGACGACACUUCAGUGGGACCUACGCCCCUCAACACAGCCGAACCAACUCCAACGCGUCGGCCUCAGUGACCCUAAUUGUGCCUCAGUCCUAUGAAGCGGUGGAGCCCUUGGACCUGGAGGAAUUCCUGAUGUCACAGUUAACAAGCGGAGACUCGGCCUUGAUGCAGGAACUUGGAGACUUCCCAGAUGAUGACCUGAAGGUGGAGCAGGUGCAGAAGGAGUGUCGCACUGUGAGACACUCUGUCCCUGAAGAUGGACUGGAGUUGGAUCCACAUGUGAGAGACUGCGUGGAGAGUUACAUUCAGCCGUGGCUUUUGGUCUCUAGAAGGUGCCAGAGCGAUGGCUGGAGUGCGUCCUCGGAGCGAGCGAGCCGACACAAACUGCUUCGGAAACAGAUCUUUGAGUCCGACGUUGAGCCAGACAAACAGCAGAAGCCAGUCUCGUCUCCAACACUCGCGGGGCUGAGUAACGACUCUGGCCGCACUCUGACCUCCUCCGACUUUAACUUGCGCUGCUUGACCCCGGACCGGAGAGUGGAAGGCCUGCUGGCCUACGGCAGCCACGAGGAGCUGGACCGCUUCAACCAGGAGGCGCGGCAGAGCUGCCGACACCCUGAGCUGUUUGCUCUGUACCCCCCAGCUGAAGAGGAAGAUGCAGUGGAGAUCCGGCCCAUCCCCGACUGCCCCAAAGAACACACUGGAGACCGCAUCCAGAUCCGAUGCCAGGCCAUCAAGUUUGAGAUUGACAUUGAGCCCAUAUUUGCCACUAUGGCCUUGUAUGACUUGAAAGAAAAGAAAAAGAUAUCUGAGAACUUCUACUUCGACCUGAACUCGGAACAGUUAAAAAACUUCUUAAAACCUCACACGCCACACGUGGAUCAGUCUUCUCUGGCCAGAUCUGCAAUCUUCUCCAUAACCUACCCAUCCCCAGAUAUAUACCUGGUCAUCAAGCUUGAAAAGGUUCUCCAACAGGGCGAGAUCGGGGACUGUGCUGACCCCUACAUGACACUGAGGGAAUAUGACACUGUGAAGAACAAGGACAAGCUCGACAGGCUGCGAAACCAGGCGGAGACCUUCUGCUACCGGCUCGGUCGCUAUCGCAUGCCGUUCGCCUGGGCAACCGUUAAUAUCAUGGAGGUCAUCUCCACCGCGACGAUAGACCGCGACGUCACCGACUCCGACAGCCUGAAAGGAGGUAAAUCCAGCAGCAUUGACCGCAGGGCGCAUCUUCCCAGGAGGAAUUCUGAGCGUUACAACACCAUCGAUGAUCAAUUUUGUAACGUGUCUGCCUUCAAACCUGCCACCAUCACUAUCAGCACCAUCUUCAAACAGGAGGGAGAUCGUUUGAGCGAUGAGGAUUUGCUCAAGUUCUUGUCUGAGAUCAAGAAAACCUCCACUCCACAGAGAAGAGUCAAGACAAUAUCAGGUUCCAUAAAACUGGACAUGUCUCCAGUCCACGACACGCCACUGGCAUGUUUGUCCACGGAGCUCAUCCCUCUGAUACCUGCGGCGGCGGAGAAGAACAUCCGGCCAAUCAAAGAAGUGCUGGAGUUCCCAUCCAGUGAGGUCUACGUCCCUCACAACAUUUACAGGAACCUGCUCUACGUCUACCCGCAGAGGCUUAACUUUGUCAACAGGCUUACAUCAGCAAGAAACAUCUCCAUCAAAAUGCAGUUUAUGAGCGGAGAGGACCCAACCUGCUCGCUGCCUGUCAUUUUUGGGAAAUCGAGUAGCUCUGAAUUUUUACAGGAAGUCUACACCCCUGUUACCUAUCAUAACAAGUCACCAGACUUCUAUGAGGAAGUGAAGCUGGCUCUCCCGGCUCGUCUUACGGAGAGGCAUCACUUGCUGUUCACCUUCUACCACAUCAGCUGCCAGCAGAAACAGAACCAGGGCGGCAGCUGUGAGACGCUCAUUGGAUAUUCUUGGCUGCCCAUGGUGAAUAAUGACCGGCUGCAGACGGGUCAGUUCUGUCUGCCCAUCGUCUUGGAGCGACUACCUGCCAACUAUUCACUGCACACACCUGAGAAACUUCCCGCCCAGAUUCCUCCGGUCAAGUGGAUGGAGAGCCACAAAGGAAUUUUCAACCUCGAGGUCCAGGCCGUGUCAUCUGUGCACACACAGGACAACCACCUGGAGCGGUUCUUCACCCUCUGUCACGCCCUGGAGGGCGGAGCGACGUUCCCUCUGCGGGUCAGGGAGGAGAAGAUUCCAGAGAACAAGCUGGAGCAUGAGCUGAAGCUCAGCAUCAUCUCCCUGUCCUCUUCCAGUUUAGAGCCUCUGGUCCUCUUCCUCCAUCUGGUGCUGGAUAAACUCUUCACCCUCAUCAUGCAGCCCAUGGUCAUCGCCGGCCAGACCGCCAAUCUGUCCCAGAUCGCCUUCGAAUCAGUGGUGUCUAUUGUCAACAGUCUUCAUAACAGUCAGGAGCUGAUCAGGGACCAGCAGGGUAGGAACAGCCUCCUGGCGACCUACCUCUACUGGGUGUUUCGUCUGCCUGAUCCCCCCCGAGACGUCCAGAAUGCAGAGUCAGGGAGUGUAGCAUCCGCAGAGAGCCGUUACAACACCAUGGGUCGGGCCACAGCGACCACGAUCGGCUCGAUGCUUCUCGAAUCCAGAAUCCGCAGCAGCAGCAACCCCGACAUCCCGGCGCCAAACACCUCCGCUGAAGACGCUGAGAUCAAGAACAUCCUCACUGCCAAGGGCCUCAACAACCCAGGCAGCCGCAUGUCCACCAUUGUGGACUUAAACAACCACCUGAACUCCACAGGAAACACCAGGCCCUCACAGAGAAAGCAGUUCCACGAGGAGUUGGCCCUGCAGAUGGUCGUCAGCACCGGGGUCUGCAGAGAGAACGCAUACAAAUAUGCCUGGUUCUUCUUUGAGCUGCUGGUGAAAAGCAUGGCGCAGCAUGUGUCUCAUUUCGACAAGCACAGUGUCGCCCGGAGGAGCCGCUUCUCUGACCGGUUUAAAGAUGACAUCACCACCAUCGUCUCCGUGGUGACGGCUGAGAUUGGGACCAUCCUCGUCAAACAACACAAGGAAGUCGAGCAAGCGGAGAAAGUCAACAUCAGCCUGGGCUUCUUCCUCUAUGAUCUGCUGUCUCUCAUGGACCGAGGGUUUGUCUUUCAUCUGGUGAAAAACUACUGCAACCAGAUGUCGGCUAAGAGUGUGUCGAUGCCGACUUUAAUCAGCAUGCGUCUGGAGUUCCUGCGAAUCCUGUGCAGUCAUGAGCACUACCUCAACCUCAGCCUCUUCUUCAGCAGCCCUGCUUCUGCUCCUGCCUCGCCGUGUCCAUCCAUCACCUCACAGAGCUCCGGCUCGUGUAGUUUCCAGGAGCAGCAGAGGAUCUUGGGGCUGUUUGAGCUUUCUCAGGAAUUCAAGCAGCAGCACUACCUCACCGGUCUGCUGCUCACGGAGCUCAGCGCCGCCCUCGACAUGGAGGCAGAGGGGGGAAAGGUCCAGAGAAAAGCCAUCAAUGCCAUCUGCAGCCUGGUGCGUUCCCACGAUCUCGACCCGCGCUGUGUUAAACCUGAGGUCAGAGCGAGGGGGGCUGCUCUUUACCUCUCUUUGGUGGGGAUUAUCAUCGACUCCACCAACUACCUGGACUUUACUGUUUCUGACACGCGCGGCGGGAAAAACAAGACGGGCGGACUCGAGGAUGACCUUGAAAAUGUCCCACCCAUCAAUCAGUCUGUUGCCAUGGCGAUUGCCGGGAACCCCUUUAACACACUGGGACGGAAUGCACUCGUUUCCAUGGCAUCCAUGCAAGGUAAAUCCGUAGCCACCCUGGCAGCAGACACCAGUCGCCACCUGUUGGCGUGUUUCCUGUGGGUGAUGAAGAACGCCGAUCGGAGUCUGAUUCAGCGCUGGACUGUCGAGAUGCCUCUCUCGCAGCUCAACAAGCUGCUGGAGCUGCUCACGAUCUGCGUGUCCUGCUUCGAGUAUGGGGGUAAGCAGAGCAGUGACAAAGUGAGCACCCAGGCCUUACAGAAGUCUCAGCAGGCCAAGCUGCAGCUGGAAGAAGCCCUGCUGAGAGGGAGGGGCGCCCGCGGGGAGAUGAUGAAACGAGUUGGAGGGAUUGAUAGGACGAUGGGUCACAGGGAGAACCUACGAUGGAGGAAAGACCUCACUCAGUGGAGACAGACCAACGACAGACAGGAUAAGACGAAAGCAGAGUUGGACCAGGAGGCUCUGAUCAGUGGGAACUUGGCCACAGAGUCUAACCUCAUAGUGCUGGAUCUGCUGGAAACCAUUGUUCAGGCGGUGCCGCUGGCCGACUGCAAGGACAGCGUGGUUGGCGGCGUGUUGAAGGUGUUACUUCACUCCCUCACCUGCAACCAGAGUACCACUUUUCUCUUUCACACCUUCAGCACACUCAGAGCGCUUGUUGUCAAGUUUGGGGACCUGAUGUUUGAGGAGGAGGCAGAGCAGUGUGCAGACCUGUGCCAGAAGGUGCUUCAGUACUGCAGCAGCCCCGUCGAUGAGAACAGGAGCCAGGCCUGUGCCACCCUCUACCUCAUUAUGAGAUACAGCUACAGCAAUGCCAGCAACUUCUCCAGAGUGAAGAUGCAGGUCACCAUGUCUCUUGCCUCGUUGGUGGGCAAGUCAUCCGACUUCCAGGAGGAAUACUUGCGACGCUCCCUUCGCACCAUCCUGGCCUACGCGGAGGAGGACUCUGAGAUGCAGAACACGCAGCUGCCCUCGCAGGUGGAUGAGCUGCUCCGAAACCUCAACAGUAUUUUGUCAGACACGGUGAAGAUGAGGGAGUUCCAGGAGGAUCCCGAGAUGCUGAUGGACCUCAUGUACAGGAUAGCGAAGGGCUACCAGACAUCUCCGGACCUUCGCCUGACCUGGCUGCAGAACAUGGCAGAGAAGCACAACAGCAGGAAGUGUUACACGGAGUCGGCGAUGUGUCUGGUCCACGCUGCUGCCCUGGUGGCCGAGUACCUCAGCAUGCUGGAAGAUCACAAGUACCUGCCUGUUGGCAGCGUCACCUUCCAGAACAUCUCCACCAAUGUGCUGGAGGAGUCGGCGGUGUCGGAUGACAUCCUGUCCCCGGACGAGGACGGGGUGUGUUCGGGACGCUACUUCACCGAGAGUGGCCUGGUGGGAUUGUUGGAGCAGGCUGCGGAGCUCUUCAGCAAUGGCUUUCUCUUCGAGGCAGUGAACGAGGUCUACAAGAUCAUCUUACCAAUCCUGGAGGCUCACAGAGAUUUCAGGAAACUGGCAUCCACUCAUGACAAACUCCACCGAGCUUUUGAGAACAUAAUUCAGAAGGGCCACAAGAGGAUGUUUGGAACCUAUUUCCGGGUGGGUUUUUAUGGGGCCAAGUUUGGCGACCUGGACGAAUGGGAAUUCAUUUACAAGGAGCCAGGGAUCACACAUCUGCCUGAGAUAUCACACAGGCUGGAGAACUUCUACAGUCAGUGUUUUGGGGAAGACGCAUUGGUGAUGAUCAAGGACUCGACACCAGUGGACAGAAAACAACUCAACCCCAGCAAGGCAUACAUCCAGAUCACUUUUGUGGAGCCCUUCUUUGAUGACUAUGAGAUGAAAGACCGGCUGACGAACUUUGAGAAGAACUUCAACCUGCGCCGCUUCAUGUACACCACGCCCUUCACAAAGAGCGGGCGGCCGCGGGGGGAACUCAACGAGCAGUUCAAGAGGAAAACCAUUCUCACCACCAUGCACGCCUUCCCCUACAUCAAGACUCGCAUCAACGUCAUCCAGAAAGAGGAGUUUGACCUGACCCCGAUCGAGGUGGCCAUAGAGGACAUGCAGAAGAAGACUAGAGAGCUAGCAGUUGCCACACAUAGAGAACAGCCUGACGCUAAGAUGUUACAGAUGCUGCUUCAAGGCUCUGUGGGAACCACCGUGAACCAGGGCCCAUUGGAGGUGGCCCAGGUCUUCCUGAAUGAGAUCCCAGCGGACCCGAAGCUCUUCCGUCACCACAACAAACUGCGUCUGUGUUUCAAAGAGUUUAUCAUGAGGUGUGGUGAGGCGGUUGAGAAGAACAAGCACCUGAUCACAUUCGACCAGAAAGAGUACCAGCAGGAGCUGAAGAAGAACUACAACCGCCUGAGGGAGAACCUGAGGCCGAUGCUGGAGAGGAAGAUACCGGAGCUCUACAAGCCCAUCAUCAGGCCUCGGCUGGAGAACAGGGAUUCCUUCAAACGUCGAAGUUUCCGCAAAGCUCAGGAGGAAAACUCCUGAGAUGCCACGACUCGUCUGAGAGAGGAAGUAGAGGCCGUCGCAAAACCGAGCGAGGAAACGAGAAGAUGGGAUGAAAAAAAACGAGGAAAUGAACUGCUGGUGACUUUGCGCUGGAGACGCACGGCGUAUCCACGAUGGACGACUCGGUCUCCCAACAGUCCAGUGCUUAGUGAUGUCUGCUGCACGUCCGCUUGAUUUUGCGGUUGUUUGUUCCAGGAGGCAAACGGUGAGAGGGCACAUACGAAUAUGGAGAUGGGAAUCUCAAGUGUAGCUUAUUGAGCAUUUCACUGUAGAAUCUUCAGAUGCUUUGGCACUGUAGAUUUCCUUUUUUCUUUAAAGAUAACUGCAAGUCCUAAUAAUGCUGCAAACAGUUUCUCUGGGUUGGCGCAGAGAGACUAGAGUUCCUCUCUGAGGCCCUUGCUGGCCCGGGGCCUGUGUGUGCCAAUACUGCUUGUGACCUGUGUGUAUGGAUGUGUGUGUGUGUGUCAACGGAUGUGUGGUUUUUUUUCCGAUAAUGUUUGGAGUAGAGGAUUUCGGUGCCAUACCGAAUUCACUUUGUACUCGUGAUGAUAAAUGAUUCUGUUUUGUGCUAAAAGGCUUGUGAAAUUCCACUGGGCGUCUGCAUGAAAUGUGCAAGUUAAGAGCAGCAAGAGUACGGACGGAUUUGUGCACUGGAAAAAUAGACGCCAUUCCCCGUGUUAGCUCUUCAGGCCAUUCUUGUCUUAAUAAUGUUGAACAUACAGUACCUGACCAUGUAGCUAAUGGAAGAGUUUAACUUAUUGAUGUCAUUUACACAAGAGAUAGAUGGACUCUCCGCAUCUGAUGCUCAAAAUCACACACGGCUUAUCUCUAAAUACUCAUGUUGUAUAUGAAUGUAUGACAUCAGAUAGUUACAAAGAUGUUUACAAAGGUAUGAAAAACUAUUUAGCAUUUUAUGGAAAUGCUUUUUUUUUAGCAAUAAUGAUAUUAAUAAUUAGAAAUGUCAAUCAUAAGGCAGGAUUCAGUGACCGAGUGUGCUGUAACAACCUCAAUGUAUGUUCGAGUAGUUUCAGUACCUGUACAGACUUCCGACGAUACACAGAGUGCCAAAUGUAACUUCUUACUUACUUAAGAAUAGAGUUAGUAUCAAUGCAACAUUUUUAAAAGUCACUCCCUGCAGCUGUGCUUUGCAGUGUGCAUUGUGUUUACUCGUCAAAAUGCAUUCCAGAGGACAAACGCACUUCUGCUUUGCAGUAUUGAGUAGUGGCAACCUGGUUUUCUUUGACCUUUUCAAAAGUAUGUAAGUAUACACCUUUUUAGAUACUUAGAUUUGAAUAUUUUUCGCUCUGUUUCCAGGUACAUCUGUUAUUUAUGAGCUGUUAAAUGUUUUUGAAUUGAUAAACAAGUGUGAGUAUUAACUAAAAUGGAGACAUAUUUUUUUAAACAUGCAGUACAUCGCUGAAAGUUGGUGUAAUAAGAUACAUUGGUGGCAUUCAACCUCUGGAUAUUGCAUUUUGGUUUCAUCAGUUAUUUUAUGUUUAAAAUAACUUGUCUUGGAAUCUGAGCUGUAGAAGAACCCAAAUAAAAGUUAAUAUAUGCA